AUGGAUGCUCUCCGGAUCGCAUGCCUGCCUGCCAAGAGUGUGAUCCACGCCUCGACCAUGGCGUGGGAAGCACGCAUGACGAAUCAGCAUGGGCUUGCCAUCCCUGGCGCUGCGGACCUCAAAUCGGAUCUCUCGCUAGUCGAGAAACGUAAAGUUCUGAUGGUCGACAAUAUCAAUGGCUUCAAAGACUCCUUCGAUAAAUUCAACGUGGAGAUACUUGAGGGCGAAGGUCGAUUCCUGGAGCCUAAAGUGAUUCAAGUCAGCAACGGCCGUCGCCUGACAGCCGACACGAUCAUCAUCAGUACAGGCUCCCGCGCGUUCAUCGAUCCGAGCAUUCCUGGUCUGGUUGCAAGCAGCCCGAUGACUCAUGUUGAGCUACUGGACAAUGAAGUUCUUCCUUCACACUUGAUCGUGAUCGGAGGUGGGUACGUUGGUCUGGAGUUUGCUCAAGCAUAUUGUCGCUUUGGCGCGAAGGUCACAGUCGUUCAGCGUCAGCAGCAAGUGCUUGUGAAGGAGGAUAAAGAUGUUGUGGAUGCCCUCGUCAGUGUUAUGGAGUCAGAGGGUGUAUGCUUCUUGAUGAACACGGAAGUCAAAUCUGUUGAGGGGAAAUGUGGUGAUAUAGUGACUUUGACUGUCGAGAGCAAUGGGAAAUCUACCAGGCUGCAGGGCUCUCACAUCCUGGUGUCCGCCGGCAGAUUGCCGAAUACCGAGGAGCUGGACCUCGCCAAGGCCGGUAUAAAAGCCACCUCAAGUGGUCAUGUGGUGGUCAACGAUCAGCUACAGACCGUAGUUGAUGGUGUCUAUGCGAGCGGAGAUUGUGCCAACAGUCCAUACUUCACGCACAUGGGGUGGGAUGACCAUCGCGUAAUCCUGAGCCAUAUUUUGGGACAUCCGCGGCGAGCCGGUACGGUCGGACGGUUGGUACCCAGCGUACUCUUCACCUCUCCUGAAGUCGCGCAGGUCGGUCUCCGCGAGAAGGAGGCCAAGGCUGCAGGCAUCGAUUAUCGACUGGUUACGGCUCCUAUGGCCUCCACAUUCCUUCGCACGCACACACUUGGGACGCAUGCGCUUAGUGGCUUUGCUAAGGCACUUGUUGCGAAAGACAGUGAUAAAAUCUUGGGAUUCACUGCCCUUGGAGUGAAUGCAGGCGAGCUGCUGGCUGUGAUCACUCUUGCAAUGCAGCAGAAUCUGGAUUAUCAGGUGAUUGAAGAUCUGAUUAUUACGCAUCCGACUCUGAACGAAGGUUUGGCAUUACUGUUUAUGAGCGUCCCACCGUCGACCGGCUAA